AUGCUUUCCUCAGAAAUCAGCAGCGUUUCCUCAUUUUUAAGGCCGUUCCUCGCCGUUGUAACUGUGGCGAUGAUGCUUGCCAACUGUGUCGAGGAGUCCACUGCCUAUCAGUCGCAAGUCUCGAAACUCGCUGUCGCGUCCGGAUACAACAAACGUUUCCUCAGAAGAAUCAAGGCCAACGCAGCAAACGAAGAGCGAUCGGGAGUGCCUGACGGUAUCGAAAAAAAUGAUCGAAGUCUUGAGCGGCAAGAACAAGGAGCAGGCGUUUCACUUCAUGCAGACUUCCUACCCGCACUUAACCAUGGAAACGCGUAUAACUAG